AUGACAACACGUUUGGCUCAGUUCAUACGUGAUCUAGUGGUUUCAAGAAAUUAUCAACGUUAUCAAUCGUUAUCAACGCGCGGUGUUAUCAGGGCGCGGCAGACUGAUCGGCACCUGGGUACUCAAUGGUUCCCAAAAGAUCCAGAUAUUAAAGAUAAAUGGAUAUUUGCUACUGGAAAAACAAAUUGGUUCCCAACGAAGUAUAGCAGAAUUUGUUCUGUUCAUUUCACAAAUGAACAAUUUAACUCGUCAACAAAAAGGCGGACUUUGAUCAAAUCAGCAGUACCGACAGUCGACAUAUGGAGACUGAUUACGGCAACAGAUAAUUUGCAGCCGACGUUGACGCCAUCAACGUCUAAAUGUGAAUUUCCAGAGAUAGUUGAUGCCAUCCACGAGGUGACGAUCAAACCCGACCCGGACGCGCUUGAACAAGAAGAUCAUAACAAUUCCGGCGGCGAGGAUACUGAUAUGAAUAGCAGCUCAAUGUUUGGGGGAAAAACAGAUACCAAUGAUAUAGUACCCAUAUUAAGGGAAAUGUCAUCCUAUUUGCAAAAGAUGGCAAAUAAACAAGAAGAUUCCUUUGAAAGUUUCGGCAAGUACGUAGCGGCCACGCUGAGAAACAUGCCUGAACGAAAUUCGAUGGAGUUGCAGCUGCAAAUAGUAAAUCUAUUGAUAGCAGACCAAUAUAAAAAUAAACCACCUACAAAUUAUGCCGGCGAAAAAAGU